CAAAAUUAUCUGAAAAUAUCAUUUUUUUGGGAAAAUAUUAGUAUUUUGGUCACAUGAAAGUGAUAAGAAAAUUGGGUGGGUAUGAAACGAAAGGUCAAUAACUCUCGGUCACACUCUUUGGAUAAGAAGCAAAUCUGUAAACCACAAUUCUAUUGGACCUCACAUCCUAAACUGACAUCUAUAUUCCAGUACCUUCUCCUUAAGCCAACCCUUGGAAUCCCCUCUCUCUUUCUUCUGAACUUUGAGCUUUUCUCAGCCAUCCCAGUCCUCUCCAUUUACUCUACUCCCUCAAGAUCAGGGAAACUAAAGCCAACCAGAUCAAACAUCAAUGGCAGCAACAAUGGCCAUGCUCAAUGCCAAGUGCUUGAUCACCAGCUCCAACAAAAUGGCUGCCAACCCAACCAAACCAGCCUCCUACACAAAACCCAACACCCUCCUCUCCAUUCAAAACCUCCCAAAGGGUCUUACCUCCUCUAAAUCUGUUGAAAGUCUCAACUUGUCAACUUCUCUAACAAGUUCUGCCAUUGCUGGAGCCAUCUUUUCAACCCUAAGCUCUUGUGACACAGCCAUGGCUGCCCAACAAAUUGCUGACAUAGCCGAGGGCGACAACCGUGGGCUAGCACUGUUGCUGCCCAUUGUUCCAGCGGUGGCGUGGGUGAUCUUCAACAUCCUACAACCAGCGCUUAACCAAAUCAACCGCAUGCGCAGCAACCAGGGGCUGGUCGUCGGGCUCGGAGGGUUGGCCGCAUCUGGGUUCAUGUCAACACCCCAUGCAUCAGCCGGUGAAAUUGCUAUGAUUGCUGAGGCAGCUCCCACGAGCGACAGCAGAGGACAGCUUCUUCUGAUCGUUGUUGCUCCGGCUAUUCUCUGGGUCAUCUACAAUAUUCUUCAACCAGCCUUGAACCAGAUCAACAAGAUGAGGUCUGAUUGAUUAUUAUAAUGAUUUUGUGGGUAGUAAAUGGUGCAAAUAACUUGUAAUUGUCCCUUUUGUUAAAUGAACUUUUUUGUCCCUUUGUUUCA